AUACACCAAGGUCAUAAUUGCGCGCAUGUUUUUUGCGAUAAAGUUAUUCAAUUAAAAUAUUUCGAUUCAGUCUUCGUAUACAUUUCAUGUGGGAUCGACUCUUUCGUCCGCUAAGUAGUUACAUUAAAAAGAUGGUUCCUGAAGUUGUUUUCGUUUUGGGUGCUCCUGGAGCCGGCAAGGGCACACAGUGUACAUUUAUUUCGAAGGAAUUCGAUUUCGUGCACCUUUCUGCUGGUGAUCUGUUGCGUGAGGAGCGUCAAAGGCCUGGUUCAGAAUAUGGCGAGAUGAUCGAGGAAAAGAUCCGGAACGGUGAGAUCGUACCGGUAGAGGUUACGUGUUCGUUAAUACACAAGGCUAUGACAAAAUCUGGUAAGACACGGUUCCUUAUUGAUGGUUUUCCAAGAAAUAAAGACAAUUUAGAUGGUUGGGAGCGUGUGAUGUCUGAUAAGACGAAACUUCUCUUUGUAUUGUUUUUCGAGUGUUCCCGAGAUUUAUGUACGGAAAGGUGUCUGGGACGAGGAGCCGCUGGUAGCGGCCGCUCUGACGAUAAUCUAGAGAGUCUGAAGAAGAGAUUUAAUACCUAUUUGAAUGAUACCAUGCCAAUUAUUAACCAUUAUGAUGAAAAGGGUCUAGUUCGCAGGGUAAAUGCGGAAACGAGCCCACAGGAAGUAUUCGAAGAUGUCAAGAAGUGCUUCAAUGCACUUUAAUGUACAGAGUAUAGAAAUUAAGUAAUUUAUGUGUAAGUCAAUAUGUAGAAUAUGUGGCAUCAUUUGAUUGUAUCUUAAAAAUUUCAAUAGAUUAAUAGUAGCUAAUUUUUUCUCCAAAGAAAUAUAAAUAGGCAUGUAAAUGAUUUGGUUUACAUUAGAAUUUACUGAUGCAGCUGUAGAGCUUAAUUUUAUGUAAUAAUGUGAAUGUAUUAAAGCAAGGUUGAGAAGGCUCUUGCCUGGUCUGUAGACUAUAACCUUCAUUGUAAUAGCAUUUAAAUUGCAUUGUCUAUCUAAAGGUCAUUUGUGUUGCCCCUGUAAGUAACAUUCUAACUUAUUUCAGUAAAUAUGUGCCAUAGGAUUAGAAGUUAUUGCACAUAAUCCAAGGUAAUCAAUUUAGUAACAUGACUUGUGUCUUUAUGAAUGACAUCAUUUGAUUUUAUAAGUUAUCUACUCAAGAUAAUUAUUUCAUUGAAACUUAUCAGUAUAAUUGAUACCAAUUUUAAUUUCUACAAUUUUCAAUCAGCAAAGUGGGGUAAACUUAUACAUGACUGUUUUAUAAUUCUGCUAUUUGAUAAUAUUCUUUUGCUGUUUUUAUUUUUUAAUUUAUACAACAUGUAUGAUAUGUAAAUAAAGAUUUAUGUUGAACAA